CCUGUCAUUCUGCGAUGCUUAAUUACAACACGCCACGUGGCACACCACGGAGACUACCUUUGCUCCCACAUGCCAAGUAGUCCAUCUAAGUACGAGGACAUACACCGGUCUAAUAGAUCAAACCCAAUGGAACGUGCUCUGACUCUCUGCUUCGUCCUCACUCUCCUCCUCAAUCUCCAGCCAGCGGAAUCCCCCGAUCCGGCAUGCCGGAACACCUGCGGCUCGCUGACGGUCAAGUACCCUUUCGGCACUGGCUACGGCUGCGGCUCUCCCCGGUUCCACCCCUACGUGACUUGCUUCCACGCGCAAGACCGCCACGAGCUGGUCUUCGCCACCCACACCGGCUUAUACCCGAUAACCUCCAUAUCCUACACAACCUCGACCUUAAUCAUCUCCCCACCCUACAUGUCCACUUGCACCUCCAUGAAGCCCUCGCCCAACCUGGGCCUCGACUGGUCCGGCCCGUUCGAGCUCGGAUCGUCGACUUUCGUCCUCCUCCAUUGCGAUCCCUCCACCACCUCCCUCACCGUCAAGGGCUCGCCCAUAUGCGACCGGAGCUCCCCCAAUCUGUGCUCUUCCAUGUACGCAUGUCCGGCCGUUCUCGCCCUCGGGCUGCCGCCGUUUUCCCCGACCAACACGUGCUGCGUCUAUUCCCCGGCGAACUUCGACGGCAAGGGCGAGCUGGACCUUCAGGCCUUGGAAUGCAGCGGGUACGCCCCGGUGGUGUCGCUCGGGGACUACCCGACCGACCCGACACAGUGGGAGUACGGGGUGGAGCUGAAGUACACGCAAGGGGCGUUCGAGAGCAACCACAUGGACACCAAGUGCCCAACUUGCGAGAACAGUGGCGGGGCGUGUGGGUAUGACUCUCCAAGCCUUGCCUUUCUUUGUGUUUGUGGCGGUGGCUAUAACACCAGCACGGACUGCAACAUAUACAAUCAGGUGGAGGGGAUCAUCUGGAGCUCAGCUUCUUUUCCAAGCAGGAAGAAUCGUUGGAGCAAUUUGGGGUACAGUGGCCUGGUUUUGACUGCUGCGGCCUGUUCCAUGAACCAGAGCUUGAGGAAAUUAUUCUUUCAAGUGGGGAUCAAUCCGUGAACGAAUCUGUAAAGAAACAAGAUCAUGUCAAAGUGGAGAAUAAAGGCUCGCCGGUCGAUUCUUCACGCUUGAUGAGCAUCUUCUCAACUUUUGCAUGCAUGGGUUUAGGUCCGAUUCUUUUGCUGUUGGACAUGACAUUUGCUAAGGAUUUUCUUAAUCGACCCACUUGUUUUGAUGAUCUUCCUCAAGCCAUUGCCUAGAUAAAUCUGUCUAUUAGUUCAUCACCGGUGCCAAAGCAUCCC